AUGCUGCCCUCUGCCACUGGUAUGGGCGCAACUUUCAACGCCGAAUUAUUGCACAAGGUCGGCAAUCUUCUUGGAGAGGAGGCAAGAGCCAGAGGGGUGCAUGUGCUGUUGGCACCUACCAUCUGCCUCCAGCGUUCACCAUUAUUCGGACGUGGCUUCGAGGCGUUCGCCGAAGAUCCCUUCCUGAGCGGUAUUCUCGGAGCAGCCUACAUCAACGGCGUGCAAGAACGAGGUGUUGCAACGAGUGUCAAGCAUUAUGCCGCGCACGAUCAGUCGGACAAUUCCAUUGAAGACAAUGUCUGCAUGACGCAGCGGACUUUGAGGGAGAUCCAUCUCAUGCCAUUCCAACUCGUCAUGCGCGACUCAGACCCCUGGACCUUUAUGACCUCUUACAACAAGAUCAAUGGUAUUCACGUUAGCGAAGACCCUUUGCUGCUGAAGCAGGUUCUUCGAGAUGAAUGGGGCUUCAAGGGACUCGUCAUGAGCGACUGGUUUGGUACUUACAGCACCUCUGAAGCCAUCAACGCCGGGCUGGAUCUGGAGAUGCCUGGGCCCACACAAUGGAGAGGCAAGUGUCUAAGUCUAGCUGUCAACAGCCGCAAAGUCGCGCGUACGACAGUUGACGAGGCUGUUCGGAAUGUUCUCAAUUUGGUGAACAAAGUGAAGGAUACGAAACCGGCUGGCUAUUUCGCGGCGUCGAAUACACCCGAGCAGCAGGCUCUGAUUCGUCAACUGGUCGCUGAAAGCAUCGUCUUGCUAAAGAAUGAUUGCAAGGUGCUCCCCAUCACAAAACCAAAAGGGAAGACAAUCGGAUUGAUUGGCGAUCACGUCAAGAACCCUGCUUUGAGUGGAGGUGGCAGUGCAGAGGUUGAGCCUUACUACUCCGUGACACCUUACGAUGCUAUUGUCGAGGCAGUUGGAACGGAAAACUCACAGCACAAAGGGUUUGGGUGGUCAGUUGAGAUCUUUGAGGAAAAUCCGGACGAGAACCCUAACGCAGAAGUACUGGUGACGGCUCACGCCCAGAAAGAACUCAUAGAUGUGCCAGAGAGUUUCCACGCGUCGCUUCCAAAGAAGUUUUACGUCAGAGCCCGGGCUACAUACACGCCUUCCGUCACGAGCCCCUUCAGACUCGGCUUCAGUACAUCGGGGAAGGGCAAGCUCAAAGUAGACGGGAAAGAUGUCAUUGAUUUAUGGACGGACCAGCCGCCGAAAACAGGGCCUACGCCUUGCUUCAACAGGCUAUCCAUGGAGAAGUUUUGCAACAUAGAUGUGGUUGAGGGUCUAACCCUCGAACUUGAGGUUGUUCAAGUAAACGAGGACCUCUCAGGAGGUGUUGGCACAGCUUUGACCCUUGCAGGCCGCGUUGGUGGAUUUGAGCUCAUUGAUGAGGAGGUCGCCAUCAAAGAAGCUGCAAACUUGGCCAAGGAAGUCGAUAUUCCUAUCGUUGUGACUGGACUGUCAUCAGAUUUCGAGUAUGAAGGGGCCGACCGAAAGCACCUCAGACUGCCAGGCCGCGUCGACGAUCUAAUCGAAGCAGUGCUUCAAGCCAAUCCAAAUGCUGUAAUUAUCACUCAAUCAGGUUGUCCAAUUGAGAUGCCGUGGGAAUCGAAAGCAGCUACCUUGGUGCACGCAUGGUUCGGCGGCCAGGAGACAGGCCAUGGCCUCGCAGACGUUCUCUUCGGCAAAGCCAAUCCCUCCGGCCGCCUAUCUCAGACGUUCCCUGUGUCCAUCAAGCAUACCCCCGCAUACCUCUCAUUCUCAAAGUCUGACUACGAUAUCGUGUACGGUGAGGGGGUCUUCAUCGGCCACCGCUACUACGAAUCAGUUGACAGAGAUCCGCUCUUCUACUUCGGCCAAGGCCUGUCCUACUCAAAGUUUGAGUACUCGAAGCUUGAGGUGCCAAAGACAUUUGAGCCGACGGAAGAUUACAAAAUGAAGGUCUUGGUUGACGUAAAAAACACGGGUCCUUACGACGGAGCGGAGGUUGUCCAGGUCUACAUCCACGAUCCAGAGAGUACGCUGCGGAGGCCUGUCCGAGAGCUCAAGGCGUUUUCCAAACCUUUCUUGUCUGUCAAUGAGACAAAGACUGUUGAGGUCGUGCUCGAUAAGUACUCACUUUCGUACUGGUCGCAGGAGAGGUCCAGGUGGAUUGCUGAAGCAGGAGACUACGUUGUCAUUAUUGCCUCAAGCUCCAAACCGCAGGACGAGAUCCUGCGGGCCACUUUUAACUUGCCCGAGACCUUUUUCUGGGAGGGCGUCUGA